CUAGUAGAGACCUCCAGCACUAGCAGACUAAACAAAGCACAACUUGUUGGCACACAUGACGGGCGAGUAAUUGUUCUUGUGUAUGACUGCAGUUCGUUUCUCGGGCAAUACUUCAAAAAGUUGCCGAACAUUCAAAAGUUUCAUCAUUUUCGGUUUUCAAACGAAAACCCUGGCAAGGUCUUCUACAAAGAAUUUGUUUCUAGUCCAGAACAGUCGUUUAUGUUGUUGAAGAAUAAUGCUAUUCUUCCGCCACCUUCUAUCCUUCCUGACAUAGUCAAUCCAGAUGGACUGACUGAGGAACGCAGGAACUAUCUUUUCCGCGAAAUCAGACAGUUUUGUAAACCUGGAACGGAAGAUAUUGUAGCUCCGGCUCCACGAAAUUAAGUCACAACAGCUCAUGCAGGAAAACAACAGAACAGUUCGAUUUCUUUAUCUUCCUGUUUGCAUUAUUUACAUGUCUCGCAGUAAAAAAGGUUAAACUUAGGAAAUGGAUUAUUCAUUGAAUGUUGUAUUUGAACGGUUUUACGAAUUAGUGUUUGUUGUAUUAAUAGACUUAAUAUUUCUUUGCAUACGAACGAAGACAUGUAAAUAGGUUUUCAGUGGUAUUUAUAAUAAAAAUUGGAGUUCCAUUUCUGUUAUCAUGGUUUCCUGCUUGAAAGAGGUUUAUUGCAUACUUGACACUUUUCACAGCAAACAUGUAUCAAAUGUUGAUUAGAGACUUAGGACAGAAUAGAAUACAAAGCCUCUAUUUUAACACGAUAAGUGUUUAAGCCACAAGUUUGUGGGGUCGUGUAUAAAAUAAAAGAAAAACGUAAUGACAAAAACUAACGCUGAAACUGCUCCAGUGUAAGCAAAUACAACUUUCUCACUUGUCAGGCUCAAACCUUCUCUUCGACUAUUUUUCGUUUUCGAAACGUCGUGCGAAUUAAUUUCAUUUGAAGUUUGUGUUACUUCAAGACUCAAAACAAACAAACUGGAAAGUUGCUGCCAUGACUGAAUGCUGUGCCAAAAAUUAACAAGACAAAAAUAGGUUUGUCCAAUGGAAGCGCGUGGAUUUCGAUCCUUUCAUUAUAAAUGGAAACAUUGUAGGGUUUUAAGCAUUCUGAUGUAAAUAUCUGUAACAAUAAAAUCACAUCCCUCCAAUAAACGAGCGGGAUUUUUGAUCCACCUGAUUUUAGCAGCUGGGUAUAAAAGGACUUUGACUUCGUUUCUUGGCACUUGUACCCAAACCCUCUAAGUGUUCAGCGUACGUGAUUUCUCUAAUCGUGCAAUGGCGUUGCGAAAGUUGUGUAAAGACACGAAGAAGCGUCCCCUUAAGGCUUUGUUCUUUUUUCUGGACGAAAAUUUAACUGGGAUAGCACCAACAAGGCUCAUUGUUGAGAAGGACAACAAUCUAACAGAAGGAAUGAAGGUGAAAGUGAAUUGGCAGGGAAAAAGAGUCCACGCUGAAAUAUUGGCCUUGGAUGGUAAGUUUACAUGUCAUAACUUUCUAAAUCGAUUUUAACACAAGUUUACACGUAUUUCGCCACUCGGUUUAUUUCGUGUCUACUUAACUAGGUCUAGGUCCUCAAGGAUGGGUGCUUAAAGUCUAACAGAGUCCGUUGAUCGAUUGAUGGCCGAUCGAAUUUGAAAAACUUUGAAAACCAUCCAUGGCACUACGCUCGUUGUUUAAUCAACUGCCCUCAAAACCAUUUUUAUUGAGUCUAAAUUAAUUUGAUUUAUUGCGCGUGUAGUUGCUGGAACGAAGACUGUAUUGUUCUUUUCUUGCCACACGUAUCGACGCGUAAUGUGUGAACUUAUGUUAAUUCAAGGACUUUUUUUUGGCACAGCACGCUGAUCUUUCAAAGACUUUUUUACUUGGAAAUUUAGAAUACAACUUUAACCUCAACUGUUUGCGCUGUCUUAAGAAAUUCUUUUGGUUGGGGCGACAUGACAGCGGGGCGGAGUGACCGUGAACCGCCACAACCAUGAAAAUUGUUUUGUAGCUGUUGCUUCUGUUUGAUGCUAUAAUCAGUGCCAAUAAUUACUAUCAUUUACACUUACGAUUUGCUAUUUUAGAUGACGAGAGCGUGUUGAAUUCAAAAGACAUCGAGUGGAGCAACGAAAACCUG